CACUUGCUUUUAUAACAUCUCAAGGUGCACUAUUCAAUAUGGGCCUUUGGAAGUCAACUUUUCUUGUUUUUCUUAUACUGCAGGUGUGCAUGAAAAUUGCUGCUCUACCUCAAUAUGAUGCCGACGGGACAUUUCAAGAGGAGACGAACCCGCAAGUAAAUAAAGACUAUCUAUUUCAAGAUGAUCCRGGAUAUGACGUCAUGGCCAAUGGCAAAGCAAGCUCUAAAGAAAUGAGUAAUUUUGCUGAAAGGAAAAAAGACUCACAGCUUUUGAACCAAUUAGGUAGUGUACUUCCACCGGAAAURACUUCAGAUCAUGACAAUUUAGAUGACGUAUUUCCGGAGGAAAUGACAUCAGAUAGCCAGUAUAUAUAUGUCCGUCAGUACCUUUUGUCCACGAGUAUACCGAGAGCUAAGGCGCAAAAGAUCUUAAACAAUGUCAACCGUAAACAUCCAUGCGUGAAUCUCGAUGAAUGGGUAGAGAAAGGACAGAAAGUGUUCAAUUUAUCGUGUCAUGAUGUAGCUUGGGCAGGCUGUGCUAUGGGUGCUAAGAAAACGGCUGAAUGUACACCAGAAAAACUUGAACAUUWCAAAGGGAGAARAAUUAUUACCGGUUGCAAAUGUAAAUAUCCCAUCGGGUGAACUGUUGUUUUAAUAACUAAUAAAUGAUUA